CCCACUCCUUUUAAACAAACGAAACCGGACAAGCGAGCGAAACUCAAACGUUUUUGACGCAAACUUAACGCAAGUGUAAGUUUAAUUUAAUUGUUCGUCUGACUGAUGAAAAUACUUUCUGUUCACUUUGAAACUGGUUUACACAACUUUAAACUAGUUCCCAGAAACGGCAAAACUCGCGAGUUCUUUGGGCGAGCUUUGGCGACCUCUUAGCAACCAUGCUAGCUAACCGAGCAAUGAAAGCGAAAAAGACCCCAAGGAAAGCUCCCAUUAAGCUGGGGAAAGGACACCCUUCCACUAUGGUGUUAGGGGCGAGGAACCAGGAGGUCGUUGCCGCGGGAGCUUGGGUGGAGAACGGCCAAGAAUUCGAUCAGCAUCCGAGUGACGUAGCUUUUUAUACCGAUGAGCUGCAGGCAGCGAUUCAGAGGGCGAAUGAAGAGAAACUACAAAGAUUUCAAGAGCAAGUGCGCCAUCGUGUGGCUGCAAUCAGCAAGAGGAGACUUCAGGAAUCUCGUUCAUUGUCGGUUGUUGACAGGAGAGUCCCAGAACAGAAUCCAUUUGUGCCGGCGGAGGCGAACGUGAAUGAGUCCCGCAACAGCACCAGGCAGGUCCGACUCAGAUUAGCGGCGUACCAAAGCAGCGCAGACACCGACGAGACGUCUGAGCCUUCCGUGGGCAACUGGAAGAUUUCGCUCACCCAACAUAGUGAAUGUGACAUCCCGAGGAAGGAGGACAAGGAGGGGGACAAGGACGAACACGUCUUGGAGGAGAAUGACGAUUUGAUGUCUGAUCCAAGAAUCCCAAAAGUAAUUGAGCUUCUGCAGGAUAAGGGGAAGUUGAAGAAACAGCGGCAGAGUCAGGUCCUGACGAACCGCCGCCACUUUAUGAGCGUCGAUCGUCAGCGCGUGAAAGACACCAACCAACAGAAGAAGCACCUGAAGAAGACGGCGAGGAUUAAAGCAGACAAAGAAAAAGCUCGCCUUGAGGAAGAGCGGAGGCUGGAGGGUGCACAGCAGCUCUCAAGCGUCCGCCAACUUCUGGAGGAGAGGGAGAUGCUCGUCCUGGAGCGCCUCAAGCUGGAGGAGGAGAAAAAAGCGGCCCAGCUGGAGAGGAGGGCGCUGGAAACUGAGAAAGGGGUCGUGGCAACCAGGUACAUCGAGGCUCUGAGAUCCCAAGUGAGGGACCGCUUGGCCAACAGGAAGUCGGAACCCCCGCCGCUGUGCUACUGCGCGUCUUCCUUCUGGGAGUCCCACCCUGACACUUGCGCUAACAACUGUGUCUUUCACAACAAUCCCAAAGCGUACGCGCAGGCGCUACAAGCAGCCGUUUUGAGCAUGGAUGUGAAGUAAAGGAUGGUGAAGACUUGCUGACCAACAACCAAAUGAACAUCAUUACACUCAAAAUUUUAAAUGUCCAAUCAUGAGGUGUCUAAUCAUCCUUUUGUUGUGAAUUCUAAUGAGUUUGUUACUAGUAGACAUCCAAUCCGUUUGAAGUGGAAAGGCUGGCACAAGUCCUCCCACUUUAAAUUGAUUGGAGGUCUAUUGACGUCAUUGGCAGCCAAUGAGCUGAAUUAAACAAGUAAAAACAAA